ACAAUGCAACAUAAAUACCGACUAACUGUGAUAUUCAGUUUUAUAUCUAAAUAUCAGUGCGUGUUACAUUAAUAUAGUGUUUUCACGAUGGAAAUUAUGAGAAAAUUGUCUAAUUUAUUAGAUUCUAUGCUAGAUGUGCAUAAAAAGAGAACCAGACUGAUGAUUAAUUACGUUGCGAUCGCGAAACUGAAUGGAGCUUUAGAAUGUCUAGGAGAUGAGGUUGAUUCUCCUAGACUACGGGAGAAGAAGAAUCUCUCCCGGUCGCUUCCUCCGGUUCUCUCCCGGUUCCUGGAGGAUAUGCAGAGGGACCUGGCUCUCCUGCGAAGUCUACAAGGAUUGUUGUCGUGUCUUAGAGCUCUGGACCAGAACGUUGUUGUCGAUCUGCUGGGGAUUGAGAGUUCUACCAAUGGAAGAGAGAGGGAUGUUGAUAAACACACCAGAGGAAUCUGAUAUCAGUGAGUGAAAACUUCGAAAUUAGGAGUGAUAUCACACAAAAAGGAACAACUAUGUAAACUAAUUGUGUUUGUGUUGUAGUGAUGAUUUUUCGAUUAAAUAGAUUUU